AUGUCGUCCAUCCGCUUCCUCUGCCAGCACUGCCACCAGCCCCUGAAGCUGAGUCAGUCCCCUGCAGUGUGGAAGCUCACCUCAGCGCACUGGGAGUGGGGAGAAGCCCAGGAGGGAAGCGCUGUCUCCUGGAGAGACUCAGGUAUUGGAAACAUACAAUAUGGCGCCUCUGGCAGGACCCUCUCUGGUGGUGGCAGGGCCUCCAGGGACAGUCCCCACAGCUACAUCCUGCUUGGGAAGUUUGGCUCCACAACAACUCUUCAUAGCAUCCAGAAGUUCACAGGGGACAUUUUUGAUAUCCUCUCUAGUGAAAAAGAUGUGGACCAUCCCCUCUGUCAGAACUGUACUGACAGGCUGUUAGAGCAACUUGACACUGAAAUUACUAUCACGGAAUCUGAGAGUCAGAGCUACAGAUGCUUACUGGAGAGCAAGCAGGAAGCAGGCCCGGAUGAGACGGAAGCCCUGCAGGACGCCCUGAAGGAGCUAGAGCUGGAGGAGGCGAGACUGGUCCAGGAGCUGGAGGAGGUGGAGAGGAGCCGAGACACAGCAGCAGCAGAGCUUGAGGCAGCCCAAGCUGAGACAGAGAUGCUGGAGCAGCAGGAAAUACUGGACCAGAGGGAGCACAGCUUUUUGCAAUGGCAACAUCUGGAACUGCUGGACGAGCUGAGGAGUGUGGAGAACCAGCUAUGUCAUGCCCAAAACCAGCAGGCCCGACUGGAGAAAACCAACAUCUUCAGGGCCACCUUUGAGAUCUGCGAGGACGGCCCCUUGGGCAUCAUCAAUAACUUCCGGUUGGGCUCCCUCCCCAGGGCCCAUGUGUGCUGGAGUGAGAUUAACGCGGCCUGGGGACAGACAGCCUUGCUGCUCCUUGCCCUGAGCAACGCAAUUGGGCUGAAGUUCCAGAGGUAUCAGCUGGUCCCCCGCGGGAGCCAUUCCUAUCUGAAGCCUUUAUCAGCAGAGGACGCUGUUGAACUGCCACUGUUUCGGGGUGGGGGGACGAGUAGGUCUGUGGAUGACCAAUUUGAUCGGGCCAUGAUGGCUUUCUUGGAUUGCAUGCACCAGUUCAAGGAAGAGGCAGGGAAAGGCAAGGUGGGUCUCUGCUUCCCCUACAGGAUUCACGUGGAGAAAGGCCUGAUGGAGGAGCCUGGAGGCAGCAGAAAGUUCUAUUCUAUUCGAACCUACCGCAACACGGAGGAACAGUGGACCAAAGCACUCAAGCUCAUGCUUAUCAAUUUUAAGUGGAGUCUUGACUGGGUUUCCUUAAGGUAUCAUCAAAAAUAA